AACAUCAUUCGCAGAGAGCUGCACGACAUUCGAAGCCGCGUUUCACUCCUUUGUAAGUCUCUUCUCUCCUCCCCCCAUCCUCACCCCCUACAGCUUUCAUUUUCAAUUUCAAUUCAUCUUUCCUCUCUUCCUUGCCAUUGUUUUCACAUAUUUUUGUUAGGGUUGAUAGAUUUGGGAUGAUUUGAGGGAAUAAGGUGAGUUCUCGCUGCGCGUGUCCCUUUCUCUUCUCCAGUUCUCCUAAUUCAAGCUAGGUUUCCGUAUAUAUUCAUAUUUGACCCGAUGGAGGUUAAGCUCUGGAACGACAAGCGCGAGAGAGAAAUGUAUGAGAAUUUUGCGGAGCUUUACGCCAUAAUCAAAGCCACAGAGAAGCUCGAGAAGGCCUACAUUCGGGAUAUCAUAUCCCCGUCUGAGUAUGAGGCGGAGUGCCAGAAGCUUAUUGCCCAUUUCAAAACCCUCGCUUCUACCCUCAAGGAUACUGUCCCUAGUAUUGAACGCUUUGCGGAUACGUAUAAGAUGGACUGUCCAGCUGCUAUAAACCGGCUUGUGACAUCUGGGGUGCCUGCUACUGUGGAGCACCGGGCUGCUGCAGCUGCCUCUGCCACCACCUCUGCUGCUAUUGUGGCUGAGUGUGUGCAGAAUUUCAUCACUGCCAUGGACUCUUUGAAGCUUAACAUGGUGGCUGUUGAUCAAGUACAUCCUCUGCUGUCUGACCUCUCAGCUUCACUCAAUAAGCUGACCAUUCUGCCUCCAGAUUUUGAGGGGAAGACGAAGAUGAGGGAAUGGAUUUCAAGACUGUCCAAGAUGGGGGCGGCCGAUGAGUUGACAGAACAGCAGGCUAGGCAGCUGCACUUUGAUCUGGAGUCCUCCUACAAUUCAUUUAUGGCGGCUUUGCCUACGGCUGGUACUUGAUCGGUUUGGUUUUUCAUUGGGGUGAUUUUGCAUAUAUUAUCUUGUUUGGUGCUGCAAUCUGGUAGAGUCUCUCAGUUAUGUUAUGUCUUGCAUUAUUUAUCUUGAGCUUACACUUUGGGAGUGAUUGGAUUGCCGCACUCCAAGGUUAUUUUUAUUUUGUGCUGAUUGUUUAAGAAAUUGUUCUUCAUGUGAUAUCAUGAAUUUGGAACUCUGUUUUGCAAGGUCAUAAUUCAUUCUCUUAUUGUUUUUGGCUGUAUAAUCCUUGUAUGUUCACCAACAGAUGAUUUUUUUUCUUUUUUUGGGAGGGGGGGUGGGGUGUUGGGGUUGUUGUGAAUCCUGAUUUCGUUCUUUGAUUCUUUUCUUUUGAAUUCUGGGAACCCGUAUAUGUUGAAUAAAAAUAGGCAUGUGAU